AUGCGACCGAAGCUGCGUGGAAAACCUCGAUGCCGUGCGAAAGAAGGGCCGGCGCUCGUCUUCGUAGACAACGGCGACCUGGACAGAGAGACGAGAGUCGCCAUCAGACAGCAAGCUGCGCGGUCAGGCUGCAGACGACGCCGUGAGAGUUACAAGCAGAGAGAAGAAGAGAACAUACCGGCCGUGAUUUCGUUCAACGGCUACGAGACGCUGAGGGCGAGAUACAACUUCGACCUCACCUCGCUGUCGAGCUUCACGGACAUCGACCUGGGGAGAGUCGGCUUCCUGUCGCUACAGAACCAGCCAACUCCCCUAGCUGCCCUGCUGGAGAAGCGGUCUUCGUCCUUUCUAACCCAUCUCCCCAGUCGCUACGGCUCCAGCGCCUGUCUGGACGAUGCGAUGCACUGUCUCGCCGCGAGGGCUGGCAAGCUGCUGGGCUCUCCGAUCAGGACGACGACGCUGUUCAGGCUGUAUACGAAGGCGCUGAAGAGUCUGUAUACUGCGCUGGAGGGACAUCUGCUGGACGUCGACAUCUACUGCGCGACGGCCAUCCUGGCUCUCUACGAGCUACUGGGACCGGCGGACGAGAAUCGCUGGAUACAGCAUACCAGGGGCGCCAUCAAGCUGGUCGCCCUGAGAGGACCAGACAACCAUAAGACCGAGUUUGAGCGUAUGAUUCUCAAGAUACACGCUCCAUCAGUUCUGGUGGACGAGCAGUAUAGGAAGCAGAGCUCGAUCUUUGCAUCCCCGAGCUGGCAGCGUUUCUUCGACCAGGCCAGUGAAGCAGAAGAGGACACGCAUUCUGGCUUCUGGUGGGAGUUCUUUGGCAGAGCCUGCGCCUUUGUCCCUGGCAUCCUCAAGGAUAUCACGGCCCUGUUCAGAGAUCCAGCCUGUCCGCAGUAUAAGAAACACAGCCUGGCCAUACUCGAGCGAGCAAACAGAGUCCACGCAGCUCUUCACGACAGCCACGGCCGCUUCCAGCAGCGAGCUCCGUCUCUCGUCGACCUCCCCGUUGGCCCCGAGUCGCCGGACAGGGUGAGGCUCCGCGCCCUCUUCAUCUACACGACCAUCACCGUCUGCCGUGUCCUGGCCACCUUUGCUCGUAGCAAGGUUGAGCGGGCAGCCAGCGAGACGGAGGCGCAGACUCUCGCAGCCGGGGCUCUGCUCAUCGAGAGGGCCGUCGCGGAGCUGGAUCCGGCCAUGGCCUGGCAUCUGCAGCAGAGGAACGCCCUCGCGCAUGUAGUUAUACAGACAAGAGACCGAUGGGUGGACGAUGUUGACGUCGAUGUUGACCGUUUCCUGGCACAACGGUGGAUGGACCUGGAGGACGCAUGGCAGGCGAGGGUUCUAACUGAGGCUUUUGGCGAGUCGUAG